CUUGUCGAGAGUUCCGUGGCGGUCGGCGAGCGUUGCGAUUAAUAGCGACUGCACCCGCGAAUCGCAUUCCGAUCUCGCGAUUUCCAGUUCGGAGUACAGAGUUCCGCGCGUCCGGAGGAUCACUCUCUCUCUCUCUGCAGAGAUGCGGUCGCGCCCGCGCCGGUCAUAAAUCGAGACUAGAGAGUCCAGAGGGGGGAAACUUCUGAUGGACCUUACGAUGGACUGUAUCGAGACGGCGUCGGGACUGUCAUUCGUCCGAUGGUACUAGCGUCGGAACGCGAGACGUGUGCCGAAUAUCGGGUUCGCGGAUCGACGCGCCGCAAUUUGAUCGAUAUCGAUGGAUUUUCUCCCCCCUCCCCCCACGCUCGUGUCUCAUCCGUUCAAAAGUGACACCUUCGCCAGUGACGAAUCCUCUCGCGAAUCCUCGAUCGCGCGCUUCCCGGCUUAUAAAACCGGAUGCAAUCUCGUUUCCCGUCUGCAAGUGACGUAAUCGCGCCCGAGGAGACGAAGCACGGUUGUGUCGCGCGCCGUUGCGUAAAACGGAGCGUGCGUAAUUUCCAUCAGGAGCCGAUUAACGUGGGAUACCUAUGAGACCUUGGAAUUAAAGACAUUAGGAAGAUUGAUAACGGAGAGGAGGAGAGAAAGGGAGAGAGAGAGAGAGAGGAGUAGAGAGGAGAAAAGUUGUACUUUCUGAAUAUAUCGGGCUGAGCAUAUCUCCGUUCCUUUCGCCGCUUCGACGAGCGAUAAUAUACACAAAUUUCGCGGCACGAUCGAGAUAAGCACGGAAAUAUUUCAACGCUUUCUACGUGGGAAGCAAGAGCGGAUGACGUUUGCUUAAAAAGAUCGUCUGUUGCUACGAGUUAUAUCUUCAAUUUGACUUAAUUGUGAUUGUCCAAAAGACAAUCGAAACCCGUUGUCAUUGCGAAGGAGAAAGUCGCCGCUGAGCACAUCCAAUUUCGCGGAGACCGCGUCAUCGAAUUACAAUCGAAGAGCAUUCUUUUUUGGAGAAAAGUACCUCGCGUAUCGUCAUCCAUUAAUUUAUGCGGAAAUGGAAUACAGAGUUUUCGUUUCAUGAAAGGAAAGUUGAGACCCGUUAUCGUCGUCUACGAGAAAGAGAGAGAGAGAGAGAGAUUUAAGAAUCACGUGCGCGUGUUGACUUGGCGAAGAUACAUUCGAGUUUUCUCAAAGUGUCUUGUCGUUGCGAAAUAUCGUCAGGAGCAAAGAUAAAUCUUCAUCGGGGUCACAACGUUCAUCGAACGUCGAAGAGAGAAGUCCUUUCCGUGAUUCCGAAGGUAACCGCGCGGAUGUUCGGACGACUCGUGUCUCGUGUCUCGUGUCUCGUGCAGUGACCCGCGCGCUUUCGCGACGCGACACCUCGCGCUUCGCAAAGGUGCCUGCCUGGCUGCCUGCGUGGAUCAGUGGAGCAGUAGAUGCGCGGAAGGUUUAUCACGUUUACGACGUAAUAAUUGAUUCGCCGAUACCAGCGAACAUAUCUGGAUUUUUCACAAACCGAAACGACGAUUAAUUCGCGAUCUUUCUGACGAAUAUCAGGCUGGUAUUCAGUGCGCUGCGAAACGACGAGCGCUUUUACGAAGGCAAGCGCAUUCGGAGAGUGCAACAAUCGUCCGACGAGUAUCGGCCGAGUUAUUUCGCGGGAUCGGUUUGGUAUUCGGCGCGCAGCUCAGGAGAGCGACCGCGUUUACGAGAACGCGGAGUAAGCGUGGCCGAGGCUCUCGGGGCCUGUUCACUCCGCGCGAUAAUCGUCGCCGUUCGCUUUCACCGCAGCCUCGACUCGCAGACUCGCACGGCACUCGCGCGCGGCACAGCACAGCGGCGGCAGGUAUUCCGUAAUAAAUCUAUAAUAGCGAGCCUGGAGUAACGGUUUUACGACGAAUAUUAUCCCGGCGUGAGCGGAGAAGAGCUAGCUGCGCCGAGCAGAUUGCGCGUCUUAUGAAAUUGCGCGCGGUUGAGGUUGAGGCUCGAGAGAAAGAUUAGCGAGGAGGGUCGCGAAAGGCGAGCCUGCGCAAGUGGGUCGCGAUUCGCGAUAGAAACUUUUCCAGAGUUCACGAGGUCCCGACGAGAGUGACCGACGAAUUGGGAUCGAAUCUCGCGCCGACUGUCGUGACUUCUGCGCGGGUCACAACGUAAAUCGACGGGUCGAGAGGCGAGCAAAUAUUUCAACGUGGCUUUCAAGCGCGUUUCGUAUCGAAAGAGAGGUAAGAUCCUGAUGAAGGAGUAGGCGAUCGCCCGAAUGCGCGGUAGGAUACCGAGGUCAUCGCUCGUGGGGUGUACGGACGCGAUUUACCCGAUCGAUCGAUCGACUCGGCGAUAAGAGGCGAGAGAUUCCAAGGGGGUCAACCAUCGACGGCGAUGUCGCCGGCCGCGGCCGCGGCGUGAAGACACGAGUCGCGACGAUCGCGAGUUGCUGCACAACGUGUAUCGCGCUUCGUCGGGUGGAGAGCGUCACCUCUCUCUCUUUCUCUCUCUCUCGCUCUUCCUCUCCCUCCAGUUCUCUCUCUCUUUCUCUCUCAGAAGUCAGAGAAGCCAAGCAGCGCAGUAAAAAGCCGGCAAGCUGGAUGCUACAGACGGUGCCUCGCCCCCUCCGCCCCCGCCCGACAUUACUGUCACGCAGGAUGACCGCUUCGGGAAGCGGACGGGUGGCAGCGCCAGGCGACCCAACGAAUGCUUCGUUCUCGAGCCCUCCGAGAUGAUUGUCAUCGACUACCCGGAAGUUCAUAGCGGGGGGAGGAUGCAUCGACCACCGCACCCUCAUCCCAUAACCGACCCCCGCCAGGUCAACUUGGUCUUCGAGGACACGUUCUCACAGGGCCUUACAAGCAGGCCGGAGCUGUAUCAGAAAUCAAAUAGAAGUAGCCAUUCGAGUGACACAAGUUCAGCAUACAGUGGAUCCGACACCAUGACAUCUGUACAAAGUUCGUUAGACGCGGAUCCUGAUGAAGUGGAUCUGUCAGGUCUUGUGGAAUCUAUUGUUGAUAGCGAUGAGGAGGAGGAUCUGGCAGAGAGCAUGGAUAGUUUAACGGUGCGCGAUCCUGUACGAGAAUGUUUAGAAAAGGAUCCUGUUGAGAGAACGGAGGAUGACAUAGAGACGCUUUUGGAGUUCACGCAACAACUGAAAGCUUUCACAAACAUGACUUUGGCUGUCAGAAGAGCGCUGUGCGCUGUAAUGGUAUUUGCGGUGGUCGAUCGUGCCGGGAUGGUGGUCUUAAACGAUGGCGAGGAACUCGACAGUUGGAGCGUGCUGAUCAACGGCGCUGUUGAGAUUGAGCACAGCAAUGGCGAGAUUGAACAACUCGGUCUCGGAGAUAGCUUUGGAAUUUUGCCUACUAUGGAGAGGCUAUUACAUCGUGGAGUUAUGAGAACAAAGUGCGACGAUUGCCAAUUUGUUUGCGUAACGCAAGCAGAUUACUUUCGAAUACAACAUCAAGGAGAAGUGAAUACCAAGAGACACGAAGAGAAUGGAAGAGUGAUUCUGGUGACUGAAUUGCGAGGAGCUUUGGAUGGCGCAGCUCGAAGAGGUCACGUGGUGAUUCGGGGAACGCCAGAGCGUUUGAUGUUACAGCUCAUUGAAGAAAACAGUAUUACGGAUCCUACUUAUGUGGAAGAUUUCUUAUUGACUCAUCGAACGUUUAUUGAUAGUCCGUUGUUAGUCGCAAGUCAAUUGCUGGAGUGGUUUGAUCAGGCGCAAGUGCGAGAUCGCGUUGCUCGCGUCGUGCUCUUAUGGGUGAACAAUCAUUUUACCGAUUUUGAAACUGAUCCAGCGAUGAUGGAAUUUUUAGAAGCAUUCGAAACUGGACUGGAAAGAGAGAAAAUGUUAGGACAACAAAGGUUGCUAAAUAUUGCAUGUGCGGCGAAAGCGAGAACGCGGAACGUAACGUUAGCCAGGCCAAACAGGGACGAAGUCUUAAAUUUUAGCAUUUUAGGAGGAUUUGAGAGAGGUUUUGGUAUAUUUAUCUCAAAAGUUGACAAGAGAUCUAAGGCUGAAGAUGUCGGUUUAAAGAGAGGCGACCAGAUUUUAGAAGUGAACGGCCAAAGUUUUGAGCAUGUAAAUCAUGCGAAAGCACUCGAUAUUCUGAGAGCUUCUACGCAUCUUAGUAUAACUGUAAAAUCUAAUUUGCUUGUUUUUAAAGAAAUGCUCCAAAUGCCAGACAAUUCCCCGAGACCUCGAGGUAGAACAAAUAAGCCGGAAAUACCCAGGCUUCAGUCGGAUCCACGAGUUAGACUAUCAACGCACGUGGAUCCCAUGACUCCUGUGAAUCCCUUAAAUCCCAUGAUUGGUGGAGUACCGUUAUUAAUUCCAGACAACAAUGUAUCGCCAUGCAAAGAUGCUAAAAAAGAACACAAAGGAUUUAUGACUCUUGGACCUAAACGGCGAUUACAGAAAGCACUUAUGAAAAUGAACAUACUGCCAAAGAACACGAUCAACGACGGUGUACACGUGGAUGAUCCUCUUGCGCCACCGCAUACACCACCGGGAACAGGGCUUACGCAAACUACUACUAAUCUAUACCAUUCGAAAAGUAAUCCGGAUCUUACGUCGCUUUGUUACGACGACUUGAGGGCAAACGACUAUCCUGAACAUGUGCUCAAAGUAUAUAAAGCAGAUCAAACCUGCAAAUAUCUCCUUAUUCACAAAGAAACGACAGCGCAUGAGGUGGUGAUGCUUGCACUUCAAGAAUUUGGCAUAACAGAAAGUAGUUCAAAUUUCUCUCUGGCGGAAGUGAGCGUCGGCGAAGGUGGUAUGAUCAAACAGCGUAGAUUGCCAGAUCAAUUGCAGAAUCUUGCGGAAAGAAUCGGAUUGAGCUCUCGAUACUACUUGAAAACUAACGGAAUUUCUGAAACAUUAGUAGCUGAUGAUCAAGCUCCGGAACUCAUUCGAGAAUCUCAAGUACACUUUUUGCAAUUGAAUGCUGUGGAAGUAGCAAUACAACUGACUCUACAAGACUUCAGUAUAUUCAGACAAAUUGAAUCCACGGAAUAUGUGGAUGAUUUGUUUGAAUUGAAAAGUAGGUACGGUGUACCUAUGCUCAGUCAGUUUGCAGAACUAGUCAACAGAGAAAUGUUCUGGGUUGUAACAGAAGUUUGUUCCGAACAUAAUCUCGUACGGCGCAGUAAGAUUAUAAAGCAAUUUAUUAAAAUAGCGCGCCAAUGCAAGGAGUGCAAAAAUUUCAAUUCCAUGUUCGCGAUUGUAUCUGGUUUGGGCCAUGGUUCAGUGUCGAGAUUAAGAGCUUCGUGGGAAAAACUGCCAACCAAAUAUCAAAGAUUAUUCAGCGAUCUACAAGAAUUAAUGGAUCCCAGCCGUAACAUGAGUAAAUACCGGCAAUUGGUGGCGUCUGAACAAACGCAACCACCGAUAAUACCUUUCUAUCCGGUCGUGAAAAAGGACUUGACCUUUAUACAUCUUGGUAAUGAUUCAAGAGUAGAAGGUCUGGUAAAUUUCGAAAAACUCAGGAUGAUUGCGAAGGAAGUGAGAACAUUGACAAACAUGUGUUCCUCACCCUAUGAUUUACUCACUAUGCUGGAAAGGGGCGGGCAACCACCAAGUUCCGCAAUGGUAGCUCUGAACCAAAUGACUACUGGUAAUCAAGGCGGUCAAACUGCGACAGUGAAACGACGAAAGAAAUCCACGGCCGCACCAAAUCCGAAGAAAAUGUUUGAGGAAGCACAGAUGGUCCGAAGAGUGAAGGCCUAUCUCGCGAACAUGAAAGUGAUCACCGAUGAGGAACGGUUGCAUCAACUUUCUGUCGAUUGCGAGCCACAUGCAGGAGCCGUUGCAGUUGCAGCUGCGGUACCACUGGGUGGCAGUCGGGGAAGAAGGCAUCCGUCGCCUACUCUGUCGACUACCAGUAGCGCCAGUAGUACUAGUGAAGGCAGAAAGAGUAUACAAGGUACAAAAUUCGGCGCCGCGUCGCCGCAAGCAGUUAGGAAGAUGUUGGCUCUGUCUGACCCUCACAAGACACGACCAUAUCAACCUAAGCACUGUCCAGCGCCGUUACCUGUACCGGGAUUGGUACUGCAUUCGAGUGGUUUGGAGCCUAGUCCAGGUGCACCUAGAAGAGUAGGAUCCGGCAGCAGGGUACCGAUGCACGAACGAUCCCACAGCGAUACUCCUGCCAGCCUACCGCCGCCUGUCGAUCUCAGUGCGGAGAGCAGUAGUGUAACUAGCUUGAGCAAUCUCCAGCCGCUGAGGAAAACCUUAACAAGCGGUUCGGUGACGAGCAGUGACAGUGGUCAUAGCACUCAGUUGGACAGCCACAGCGGGAGCAGCGUGGAAGCGGGCGGCAGCCCACCGCCACCGCAAAGACGGCACUCCGCUCUGCAAGGUACUACGGGAUUAGGAGUAAACAUGGGCCUAGGGAUGCCAGCCCCGCUGCCACCACCCGGAGCGGGGACUACGACCAUAAUGACGACGAUGGGUGCUAUGGCGGGCAAUAUGACAUCGUCGAUGCGAUCAGGCAUGAGUAGCACACCACAAUGCCGUCAACCACCGGCGUACAAAGUCGUGCAGCAGAUGGCGAGAUUGCACAGACUCGGUCGUGCUAACAGCCACGAAGGGGUCACCUAUCGAGGCACCGAUCACGAAGAUGAUGACGAAGACGCUCAAGUGUCGGCGGUUUAAGUGGUCCACGAGUUUCACCGAGUUUCGAUUACCGUUUUAGUUAAUUUCCUCAUAUACUGUUUCUUUUACACGGUCAAAGGAGAAAUCGUUUCCGGAUGAUACCAUACGCGAGCCGUUAAACGAAAAGAGAAUGCAGGGGAGAUCGACGACGCUCGCGAACUUUCUUCCUAUAACGAUGAAUGUCGUUUUGCAUUUGUAAUCGUAGCAUCCUAAUUCGAUGGCUUUUGGCCAUUAUGUUACGACAUUCUCUUGAGACGUGGGCCAAUUUUUCGCGUUGGUGGAACCAACUUAGGAGUUGACUGCAAGAAAAAGCGUUUAUUCUUAUUUAAACAGAACGCUUGUCUUCCAAGGGUCCCCGCGACGAACCUGAAGGAAUUACCGAGAAUCUCAAGCGUUAAAAUAUUUGUACAACAUACCGUGGAAAGCGACAAAUAACUGGCAAAUGUCGGUAAGCAGGAGAAAACGAUAGGGAGAGUAUUUUUCUUUUAUUAGACUGAAAGAACGCUUCUCAUUCUCGAGUAAGCCCUCAUGGGCUUUCACGAGAUGGCGAGAAGCGAAUUAAAUGAGAGAAGGAGAGAAAACGCGAUCGUAAUAUUCUAUAUAAAUGUGUAAUAAAACCAAGUCCAAAGAUGUUAUAUAUACUGCGUGUCGCCAGAGAAAGUACGAAUAUGACGGCGUGUCCUGUAAUAUAUAUACUUGAUAGGUUAUUUAGUGUCCCAUAAUAGCAUAAGUUGGUGUAAAUAGCGUAGUGUUAUAGUAUUUAGGAAAGAGGAGCAGAGGGAUUACACUGAUGAGAGAUGAGACAAAGAUUCAUUGUUUAGAAUAGUCCGGUUAGCUUUUGUGUUUAACACAAUAGUUUCGUCAGCAUUACAUAUUUAAGAACUAAAAGGAUUCGUUUCUUUAUCGGUAAAAGAGUGGAAACGUUUCGUAAUCGUUUUAGAUUUCGUUUACACGUUAUUCGAAAUGGUUUAUUUCCAUUUUAAGCGCCUUCCUUUUAAAAGAUUUCUAUUGCCAAUCUGGCUCUGGUACAGACGAUUCAAAUUUUACAAGGAAAUUGAUGUACUUUUACGCUUUCGCUGAAUUUUAAUGACGUAAUCAAGUACAAAAGAAAAAGAAUUUCUCGAAGGCUACGAUCGAGAUAAUUGUUUUUCACAACAGCGCAAUCUUUUUAAGCUAUACGUGGAUCCAUUUAUUUUUACGGAACGCAUUUUCGAAUUUUAAUUUGCAAAUAAAUUAUUAUUUUUCUAAUCUCAAUCUUUAGUUCGAUACUUCAUCAUCGGGUUUAUAUUCUUUGUUAUUUUAUGAAUAUCAGGGUUACUUGUUUAAUUUUACGGAUAUAAUCCGCAACAUGCGAAAGAAACUUCUUCAGAUCGUAUCUCUCGUAGAAUUCGAGGACAAAGACAAAAAGAAGAAAUAAAAUUUUGCGCUACUUUACAUGUCGGUACGAGAGAAGCGGUUGGCUUUAUUAUAGUAGAUUUAUCCAUGUAUAUUAUAUAUACACACACAUGUACACACGUACACAAACGCUCUUGUCUACUUACAUGAGACUCGAGUCCUUUUACAAGUAUUAUAAAGAAACUGUAAUUCACGUGCACGAUAUGUAUCGAUGCGUUAGCAAAGAGGGCCUAAUUACCUGGGCACCGUUUUUGCGAUUGCCAAGUAUGCGGAAGUCGAAAAAACGCACGAAAGAGUUAUAAGAGUAUAAGAGAAAAUGCGAAAGAGUGUGAAUGUGUAUGUGAGAAAGGAAGAUAAAAAGAGAGAGUAUCGAGAGUCAACACAGUGCUUUUUUGGAUACUCGGAUCUCUACCAUUAAUUACAUUCCAAACUUUAUUUUACCGUGUUUACGUCUGUCGACAGAUGCCUUUCUCUUCUGAUCACUCUCUCCCCCCCCCCCCAAAAAAAUAAAAGCACAAAGCCCUUGUUUAACAAACUGCUGUUAAAUAUUAUUACUAAUAUUAGCUUACUUAUUUUCCUUUUCUUAAUAAUUUUUCUUCUUUUCAUUAAAAGACCAAUCUCGAAAUCCACAAAGACUGUGUUACUCUUCGAUGUAGUGUCCAGUGAUCCCGAAAGAUCGGGAAGGAAUAUGUGAUCCAGCUCGGUCUUUUGGGACAGGAAUUCAAUAUAUUUACACACACCUUCAUAUUCAUAUAUUAUAUCUCUUUGUACAUAUCCUAACAACUUUUAAAUAUUAAUAUCCAACGUUCUCGAAAAAAUUUUUAAACGUAUUUACCGAUAAUUAAGAAUUCUUGGUAAUGCAGCGUCAAGAAUUAAAUUAUUUUCUUUUCUUUCUGACGCGAACAAAUCCAUUUUUAUCUUUGUUCUUUCUCUCGUCAUAUUUUGCAUUUUAGGCGUACUAGGCUCUAUGUCAUUCCAUGCGCAUUUAUGACUCUCGAGAAGAAUCAAUGAAUUUUUAUCGAGAAUUCUGGAUGUUGAGAAUACUGUUUUGCUUAUUAUAAUUACGAUAUUGACAUGUUUUUAACAAUUCUUUUAUGCAAGAAAUUUUUGCAAGAAAUAGGAAAUUUUUAUACACAAUCAUAUAUCUAUAAACUAUUUGCGAUAAAAGUUGGAACGCAGAAUUCUCGGUGGAAAAUCCAAUUUCAUGUUUUUCCAGUGAAACCAUGUAACUUUUUGGUAGCGACAUAAAUUUAGUCAAAGUAAAGGAGCCUGGACGUCUUAUAGUUAGCUCUUGCUCUUUUCUUUUAAUAAAACUCGAUAGAAAACUAUUACAAUGCGAACACGCGAGAAUGUUUACCGUUCGUGAAAUGGAAGUUAAGACGGGUCGCAUUUUCUUCCGCUCACCGUCUCUUUCUUUAUUUUAUUUAUACCAUGCCUCGUUCUGUUGUUUUAAUUAUUUAUAACCUCGAGAUAUAUUCGUCUAUAUAACGCGGACAGGAAGCAACAGAAAAUCUUUUGUAUUUAAUUUGUUUAAUAAAACUUGAAUCAUAGUACAAUGUCUCCCGUCUUUUCAGUUUCGUUCGUUCGUUGCAAUCCUACCCCACACAUCGAGAUUCAUCUAUCAUGCUUAUUUAUUAAUUUAUUAACGGUUUACUUUACGGUACAAUUUAAUAGUACAAAAACAUGCUUGAGCAAAAUUCUUUAAGGUAUAUAUACACAUUUCGCGAAAUACAACAAAGAAAUACGGCAGAGAAGAUUUAAAAAUAAGUUAUUCUCUGUUAAUAUAGUGCGAGAAGAUAACAGACAUUUAAAAGAUGCCAUGAAAAGAAAAUUAUUGUAUCUCUAAGGGGCGCACUAAUCUUAUCUUCAAGUCAUUUUUUCAGACAUUCUUGAAAUAUAUUUCUGGAACUUGUAAAAUAUUUUUUUAAAACAAAGUGUAUGUAAUCUUUCGUCUCAUUUUUUUUCUAAUUUCUAUAAUACAUUUUAGAAGAAAUGCAUUUGUAUCGCUUUACGCCUGUGUUACGAUUUUGCACGUAGAAUCGAGUAUCUUUACGUUCCGAGCUUUAUUUUGUAUUAACAAACCACUACGUACGGUAUAUUUUUAGUAACGAGAAAGGCGGUACAUCGAAUUUUUGAAUUAAUUAUCCUUUGGUAUAUACUCGUCAGGAAACGAAAAGCCUUUUUCGAGGGCACUUUUCAGGAUGCAAAGGACCACAAAGCUCGUUAAUUUCUCUAGCCGUGGGAAUAUGUUUCUGUUAGAAUUCUCGCGCGUUCGAAGAGUGUGGAGCGCAAGUAUUUCGCGAUGAACGCUGAAUACAAUCGGUACUGUACGUGCGUAGCGGGUCAUCCGUUGGAACAAAAUCGAUAGGUGAUACUACUGCUACUAUUUUGUACGACACGACGUUUUGUAUAAUCUGUCUACCGUACGUCUACCGUAGAGGGGCGGAGAGAAAAGUCUACCGAUCGCUAUAUAAAUGGUAAAAUAUUAUAUAUCGAAUGCAUAUUUAAAAAUUACCAUUUGUAGACUUGCGUGCAUAGGUGUUAUUAGUCCUAUUAAUGUAAAUCCCUCCCAGCAAAACAAUAUAUGAACACGUAAAGGCGUGGUAAGGAA